ACUAGAGGAGUGGCCCUUCCUGAGCUUUCAGCCCCGCGGAGCGCGCCCUCCGCUGCAGUCGGUACCCCUGCCCCCGCGGGGCCAUGGGCCGGAUCUCGGGGCUCGUGCCCUCUCGCUUCCUGACGCUCCUGGCGCAUCUGGUGGUCGUCAUCACCUUGUUCUGGUCCCGGGACAGCAACAUCCAGGCCUGCCUGCCUCUCACGUUCACCCCGGAGGAGUACGAGAAGCAGGACAUUCGGCUGGUGGUAGCGCUCUCUGUCACCCUUGGCCUCUUUGCAGUGGAGCUGGCGGGUUUCUUUUCGGGAGUUUCCAUGUUCAACAGCACCCAGAGUCUCAUCUCCAUUGGGGCUCACUGUAGUGCGUCUGUGGCCCUGUCCUUUUUCAUAUUCGAGCGUUGGGAGUGCACCACGUACUGGUACAUUUUUGUCUUCUGCAGUGCCCUCCCCGCUAUCACCGAAAUAGCAUUGUUCAUCAGCGUCUUUGGGCUGAAAAAGAAACCUUUCUGAUACGUUCAUGGUGGGAGCAUAGGAUUGAAGGUUGGAGGAGCAAGGGACAGCUCACCAUUCCUGGAAGAAGAAAGGACAUCUUCAGCCUUCCACAGUAACACUGCAUUUGGUGGAGGAUGUCAUUUUUCCUGUUAGGGUAAUUAUCACUCGAGUCUGGGAUGAUCAGCGUUUUAUUCAGUGCUUUGUAAUAAAAUAUAUUUUAGAAUAAGAUCAAGACUUAAAAAAACGUUUAGGGGAGGAUUGGGGUGGCCAAACUACUAAGGCAACGCAGGGCUAUUUUGCAGCCUUGCAGACUGUCAAUCCUAAAUUUCGCUUUUAUUUUGGUUAUUACGGUAGCAUCUAGCGGAAGGAAGUAGGCGGGGAUAUGUAAAUAACAAGUGCUGUCUGCCGUUAGGGUGCCAAGCUCCUGAGUGGAGCAUUCUGGGAGGGAUUCUUUUUUUAUUAUUAUUAUCAGGGAUUUUGCAGCCAAAUGUC